CGGGUGGCAGACGCCGUGCCGCUCCCACCUGACACGCACCUGGGCAGCUCCCCGCCAUGGCCACGGCGGAGCCCUCCGACACCCAGAUCCAGGCCCUGUGGGACACCUUUGAGAACAGCCUGGAUUUCAAUGCCAGGGUGUCGGGCAAGUGCAAUGUCGCCACUCUCAGGCCAGAGCUUUCCCUGGUGCUGUGAUACUUCCCAGAUGCUGUCAGGGCUCAAAGCUGAGCCACUUCACACAGCAUGGCCAGCACCUUACCUGGUGAGCUGUCUCUCCAGGCAGAAGUUGUCGGGAGAGUACUUCCAGUACAAAGGCAUCCCCUUCCCCGUGGGCCUCUACUCCCCCGAGAGCAUCAGCUUCGCAGAAAAUGUCACGGAUGUGCGGGACGACGACAUCUUCAUCGUCACCUACCCCAAGUCAGGUACCCACUGGAUGAUAGAGAUCCUCUGCUUAAUCCUCAAGGAUGGAGAUCCCUCCUGGAUCCGCUCGGUGCCCAUCUGGGACAGGGCGCCCUGGUGCGAAACAGUCAAUAGCGGCUUCAGGAAACUGAACCACUCAAGCCCCCGCCUCAUGAGCUCCCACCUGCCCAUCCAGCUCUUCCCCAAGGCCUUCUUCAACUCCAAGGCCAAGGUGAUCUACAUCGGCCGGAACCCCCGGGAUGUGGUGGUGUCCCUGUAUCACUACUACAAGAUCGCGGGCCACCUGAAGGACCCCGGCACGUCUGACCAGUUCCUCCAGAACUUCCUCAAGGGGGAAGUGCAGUUUGGCUCCUGGUUCGACCACAUCAAGGGCUGGAUCCGGAUGCAGAACAAGGAGAACUUCCUGUUCAUCACCUAUGAGGAGCUAAAGCAGGACCUCCACCACUCGGUGCAGCGCAUCUGCCAGUUCCUGGACCAGCCGCUGAGUGAGGAGGCGCUGGCGUCGGUGGUGGAGCACUCGGCCUUCGGCGCCAUGAAGGCCAACACCAUGUCCAACCACACGCUGCUGCCCCCCAGCCUGCUGGACCAGCGCCGCGGGGCCUUCUUCCGGAAAGGUGUCUGCGGCGACUGGAAGAACCACUUCACGGUGGCGCAGAGCGAAGCCUUCGACCGAGUCUACCGCGAACAGAUGCGGGGGCAGCACUCCUUCCCCUGGGACGAAGUCCCCGACCACGCCAGCCCAGACCCCGACAUCACCCAGGCCUCUGAGCCCCCCCACCCGUGACCCCAAGAAUAAAUUUAUCACUCGGU